AUGGCUUCCGGACCCAAUGCCUCGGAAAGCGAGCGAACAGUCCGCCAAGGAGGACCCAAUUCCACCAAGUUCGUGACCACAAUGAGGAAAGUGUAUAAGCCACUGGGUUUCAAAAAAGGAUACAACUUUCCUCUCUUCAUCAUUUUCGGCGGCGCCAUGCUCGGCUUCACACUCGCCCGCUUCUCCUACCUCAAUGUCGGCGGCAACAGUUCCAGCAGUUUCAAAAACAAGGGCUCACCGGGAGAAUGGUACAGCUACCAUGUCGGGCACAUGCGGAUUGGCAUCACCCUGCACCUCGUGUGCAUCCUCCCCGCGGGCUUCCUCGCCGUCUUCCAAUUCGUGCCCGCCAUUCGAUACAAAGCGCUGAUCCUGCACCGCAUUAACGGAUAUAUCAUUAUCCUCCUCGUGCUUCUAUCCAACGCUGGCGCGUUGAUGAUAGCGCGCCGUACCAUGGGCGGCGGAUUGGAAGUCCAAGCUGUUGUUGGACUUCUUGUGAUCAUGACUACUUUUGGGCUGGGAAUGGCGUACUACAAUAUCAAGCGUCUGCAAAUCGACCAACACCGUGCAUGGAUGCUGAGGACGUGGUUUUACUUUGGUGUCAUCAUCACUGGUCGACUUCUGAUGCUCAUGUCCGUCCGGAUCAUCAGCCGAAUGGGAGACUACUAUUCUGCGCGUUCGUGCGGCGAGAUUGCCUUCAUCCACAGCUCCCAAGGCAUUCCGCCACUGGCGACAGAGAAGCUGUACCCAGGCUGCGUGAAUGCGAGCGAGGGAAUGCAGGUUGCUAUUAAUGCGCAUGAUACGUAUGGCGGGCUGCCUGAGCAGACGGGUGUGGCGUUGUCCAUGACGUUUGGGAUGUCCAUGUGGCUGGGCUUGUUUUUGCACGCCGUCGGCGUGGAAUUGUAUCUGGCUUUGACGCCGGCGGAGAGUGAAAGGUUGCGAAAUGCGGGCGUUGGAAGAUCGAACGGCUUACUUACGUCGUGGAGUACGACAACAAUAACGACUACCACAACCACAACCACAACGAGAACCAAGGUCUUCCUCUACAACGUCCUCAACAGAUCAACAAAUAUAUCCACCGUUACAAUCAACGCAGAUUAUUUUGACUUACCACAGCGCCCGCUCCUCGAUACCCACGCAAGCAAGCAAUUAAGCAGGGCAGUCACUGAGGAUAUUCCUUCUUCCCGAACAUCAGUCGUCCCACCCCGCAAGACGACUCCAUCCGACCUGACGACCGAGCGCGUCUGGUCUCACUCAUAUACUCGCCCGUCCGCAGGUUUGAAGUCGACACUUUCGUCUCUCGAGUCUGUAGAGAGCGAAUGCGACUCGACAAAGAUACAUAACAUGGUGGAGGCCGAGCACCAGCCUGAGAUAGCCUCGCCGGCUUCAGAGGAACGUCCGCAGACGGCCCGAAAGGACGCGCGUAAAGUCCCGGGCGGCUUUGGAGUCGACGACCUGGAUGACUUGUCUCCCAACAAGGAGGAAUUUUCCGAUUCAAUUUCGGAGAAUGCGAGGGCGAAUAACGCGAACGCUUACGAGCUGAAUAACCGGAUACCUUCUCUCGAUCCAGCGACCCUCCCUUCGUUACCCCCACCGGUCGAAAGUAGUUUGCUGUACAGCCAGAGUGAGCAUGGGCAGCAUGGGAGUGAUGCGCUGCUGGAUACGGUGGACGAGGGGGCAAUGCAGAGACAUCUGAACGAUGUGGAAUCCAGCUUUAUGCCUAUUCCAUCUCCGAUCAGUAUGGAUGGAAAGAAGGGCACAGACGAUACAUUUCUAUUCGACAGUGUGCAAGCUUCUCCACCCUCAGGUCUACCAAAGCUAUUAGAAGGCUCUGCCACAACGAGUGAGCCCCAAACCGAGAUGCAUGCGCCGGAUACACCCCUUUCUCCACCGAAUUCUGCGAACGCACAUACUACACCUGAAGCUGCGCGCCAGGAUCUUUCCAACCAUGAGUCAAUGGAUGCGGCAGACACCAAUUCUUCCUUGGAGACAAUGUCAUCCUCUCCGACAGCAGCCGCGGCAGCACGAACUGUAUCACGGGCGAUAUCGAUGGCAAGUGCCGGAAGAUACGAUGCGUCUUACGACACUGGGGACUUACAGCAGGAAACGGCAAACGAGGGCGAGAAUGAAUCGACCCCAAGGAAGCAAAAAACCAUUCGGUUAACCGAUUCCUCCGACGAUCGUUCUACUCUCCACGAAGGCGUUUCAAGCCGCAACCUCAGUAGCUCAUUUAGCGAUAUGGGAAAUGCUGGGAGUACGCCCGGAAUUCCCCUACUUCGUCGCAAAUCUUCUGGCAGAAGACCAAAAUUUCUUCGAAGUCGCCAUGCCAGUCAAAACUCCAGUGUUUCUUCGCUUGGGACAACUGCGGAGUCGCAGGACGGGAGUGGCACGACACUUGGAGCUGAUUACGCACUACAAUCUGGAGGAGCUGUCCCCGCAUUUUCCCGGAGCGUCAGCAUGGGUCUUUCGAGAUCAAUAAGUUUGGGAAGCAUGGCAUCUGGGAUCGAGGACCUUUCCGGAAGUGGGCCGGAUGUUAUUCUGGCGACGUUGACGGAAGAGGAACAAAACCGAGAGCGAAAACUUGACGAUUCGCCUCCUGCGACUCCUCGUGCGCCUGCAACCAAAUCGUCUCUCGCUGCACCUACGGAUACGGUUAUUGCCAGGCAUGUUCGAAAUGUUCAAGUCCCAGCUUCCGUCGCUCAAGAAUACCGAAACAAGAAUGGAGUGUCUCCCAAACGAUCGAGCUUCCCAGGCUCUACGCUGGGUCGAAAUGGAAAAAAUCUAACGCUAAAGGAACAGAGCAGCACGAUCGAGCGACUUUCUAAAGAAAAUUUUGACUUGAAACUGAAAGUUAUGUUCCUGAGCGACCGUUUGGACAAGCUUUCCGAGGAAGGUGUCAAGGAGAUGAUCUCGGAAAAUGUAGAGCUCAAAACUGGCUUGGCAGUGAUGCAACGAGACAACAAGGCCCUCAAGCGAAAGGUCAGAGAACUCGAACAGCUGCAAAAAGACGGCGAAGAACGACCCUCCACUGCUGGAACUUCAGGUGGUGGCCGGAGCCCGGUAUGGUUUGAUCAAGAAGGUGCUCAAGAACGGGAGGAGGAGCUUAUCUACUUGCGCGAGCGAGUCGAAGAGUACGUUACCGAAAUUGAGAAGAUGCGAAACGACGCGGUGAUUCGAGAAAACGACAAGCGCAACCUUGCUGAGGCUGUUCGUCAGAUGGGCGAGCGCCGUGGUCAAAAUGUUGGAGCUAGAGAGGAAAUGGACGUUUGGAAAGACCUGCUUGAGCAAGAGACUUCUCGCAGGGAACAGGCCGACGAAGAGAAUAAGAAGCUCCGCGAGGAGAUUUUUCGAAUGAAGACCGAGACUACGUCGACUACUGGCGUGCCUGGGCUCAGCCACACCACAAAUAUCUACAAUAUCACCAAGAAACGCAAUGUCUCGCCUUUAAGGCCCAUAUCCGGCAUGUCGGGAAGUUUCGAUGAUCGAAACGGCAACAUGAGCAAUGGGUCCACUUUGGUAGAGGACUUGAGAAGGGACUGCGACCAACUCAGACAUGAGAAUGCCGAACUUCGACGGGAGGUUGGUGCUCAAACGUCUAUGCUGACAUCUCGAAAUCGCGAAAAGGAACGUCUAUACCAAGAAAUCGAAGACCUAAAACUCGGCCAACGGAGAAAUGGUGCUGGAUCAAUUGCUGGAGAUAGUAUUCUGGAGAGAUCGGCGUCGAGAGCACAUGAGCGUUCGUUGUCGCGCACCAGCGCCCGAACAAAGAUUACGACUGUGGAUGAAAUUGAACGCGAAGACUUUGAAAACAAGAAUGCCGAGCUCCGCGACCGGAUUAACAGCCUCAAGAUUCAGAACCAGGAUCUUCAACGCGAGCUGGAGUCGUGUAUGGAAGACUUCGAGACUGCUGUCGAACGCAAGAAAGAGGCCGAAGCUCUUGCCCAAGAAUUGCAAGAGGCUCUGGAGGCAGCUGAGGUUGACCUAGUGACAAUGCAAAGAGAUCGAGAUGAAGCUCUGCGGGGACAAGAAGAUGCGGAAAUACAGUUUCGGAAUCUGCGCGAGGAAGCCCAGGAAGAGCUUGCUCACUCUGAUGCCGAGAUUGAGGCAGCAAAUUCUGAAAUUGCGCGCCUACAGACCGAACUUGGUGAUACGACAGAGAACUUCAAUGCUCUUCAGAGCGAGAUGCGAGACAUGAGCGAGGCUCUGGUGAGACUAGAAGAUGCCCAUGAAGCCAAGACAAAACGCAUUUCGGAGCUUGAGGGAGAAAUUGAUGAGGGCAACCGAGAGAUGGAGCAGAUGGAGAAUGAUCUUGUCGAGUCUAAUGGCAAGAUUGAUCGCCUUACCGUGCAGCAGGAGUCCAGCCAGGGAGAGAUUGCCUUCCUCCGAGAAGAGCAAGAUGGGGACAAGAUCAAGAUUGGUGAUCUCGAGACGGCUCUCAAGAAUACCGAAGAUAUUUUGCACGACGAGCGAGAACGCAUCAAGGAACUAGAAGAGCGCCUCAGCGCCGAGAGGUAUCAACGUGAAGUCAUCGCCGGCAGGGAAAAACAAGAGGUACAGCAAUACAUCAACGAGCUCAACCGCGAUUCGUCGGCCGCCAAAGACGAGGCAAGAAAGCUGCGAAAGUCUCUUCAAUCACGUGAGGUUGAACUUGCGGAAUGGAAAUCGAAACUCACAGAGCUUGAGAGCAAUCUAAAAGCCGCCUUGGGUGGUCUCGAGGGGACCAGGGCGUCCUUCGUCGUGAAUAUCGAAAAGCUGAAGACGGGGCUCGAAAAUGCUCAUCGUGAUCUUGAUAUCGCAAGAGCCUCUCUCGCCGAGAAAGAACACAUAAUCAGACAGCGUGAUGGUCUCAUGGAGCUAAGUGCUCUCGAGUCCAAGAAGUUGGCGGAUAUGGUCGACAAAGAGCGACAGUCCCAUCGCAACACCAAGCACCAGUUUGAGACAUUCCAGAAGACUCACCAACAUACUACUCGCACGCUUACACAGAACGAAUCCCGCGUCUUGGAACUUGAAACUUGUCGUCAACAGGAUCGUAGGAAGAUUGCCACCCUGGAGAAUAACUUCAGGGAUCAAAUGCUUGAGCGCAACCAACUUCUGCUUGCGCUAUGGAACCGUCUAUCUACCCUUUGUGGAUCAGACUGGGCUCACAACAACAGUCUCAUCAAUGGCAGGGCAUUGCCUUCUCUCGAGGCAGUCACCACUAUGCUCCCGGGCUUCUCCAAAAACCUCAUGGGCGCAGUGAAGAACAUCGAGACCCUCGUUGGGGACUUCCGUACCCGGAUACGUGCCGUGGAGAAAGAUUUAUGGAAGGAAUACCAAACCCUGGAAAACAACCUCGAGCUCCGCACUAAACGUCUCGAUCGCCUCGAAACUCUCGCACGAAGCGGUAUUCCGGGCGAAAAGAGGGGCAGUAAAUCUGAGCUUGACAAGCUGACAGCUACGAAUGAUUCCCUGAGGCAGGAAUUAGCCUCGCUGAAAUCUUCGCGUGAAGAUCAGACCAAUCUCGUUGACAACGCUAGUCCUUCGCCUUCUGUACCUACAGGGCCACGUAAUCGCGCCCUGGAAAAGUCAUCGCGCACCUCGACGCUCACCCGAAAUUAUACCACAUCUACAAUAGAGACACUGGGACGUGCCGCCUCGAGAGCGGGGAGUGUAACGUCUAGAGCGGGGAGUGCAACCUCGAGAGCGGGGAGUGUAGUGGAGGCGAGCGCCGGCAGCAAGGACGAUACGACUAGUGGGGGCGGGUACACGCUGGAUCUGAAGUGGCAGAUCCGAUUGCAGGAGCUGGAGUAUAAGCUCAAGACGGAGAGAGAGGCGCGGAUCCUCGACAGGAGUAAUGCGCGGGCACGGCUGGAGGAAGCGCAUCGCGAGAAGGCGGAUCUGUUGGCGUUAAUCGAACGAAAUAAGAUUCGGGAGAGUAUGGGAAGGCCAGGCGAGGCGAGGUGA